CUGUCGCAAACCUUACAGUUGCUCAGUGAAAAAGCGAAACAGGCCACUGAGGAUAUCUCAAAACUAAAGCAACUAUGCGAAAAACUUAAUACAAAUUGUACCGAGUUUAAGGAGACAGUUGCAGUUCAAAUUGAUUCCUUAAUUGAACAUUUGCAACAGAGGAAACUAAAAUUAUUACAGUACGCUGAUGGGGAACGUGAUUAUAAGAGGCGUGUGCUGAAGGAUCAAAUUGGCCGAUGUACAUCAAAAUUGGCAAGAACAACUGCAUUGAUACAGUUUUGCAUUGAGGUUUUAAAAGAACCCGAUCCGGCUACUUAUCUUCAAGCUAGCGGCCCGCUGAUCAAUCGAACUACAACCCAAGAAUUCUUAUGGCAUAAAGAAAUGCAAACGAAACCAGAAGCUGAUGUAGAUUUCAAUUUAAACUUAGAUACUAAGCACUUACAGUAUGCGAUACAGACGUUGAACUUUGCACAACUGAAGGGUUACUUCAAAUGGGAUAAAAUUUUAGUGCCUAGCGCUCCGGUGAUUGAUACAUCAGCUUGUGCGGCUGAAAACAAUUCAGUGACUGUAGUUUGGACGCCUUGUAACGAUGGAUGUGCAGUGGACGGUUAUGUACUUGAAAUCGAUUCCGGCAGAGAUGAUGGCAUUUUUAAAGAAGUUUACUGUGGUGCUGACACUGUUUGCACCAUUGACGGACUGCACUUCAAUACAGUUUAUAACGCAAGAGUAAAGGCAUUUAACGCGGCUGGAGAAAGCCUUUACAGUGAAAUAAUUGGCCUUCAGACUGCUGCUGUUGCCUGGUUCCAACUGAGUAAAUCGCCGUCACAAAGAGAUAUUCAGCUUUCGAAUGAGUGCAUGUCUGUAACUUCCGCAACAGUGGACUACCGGUGUGUACUUGGUUCAGUGGCAGUAUCACGAGGUUUACACUACUGGGAGGUUACUGUAGAUCGGCAUGAUGGAAAUAGUGAUAUUGUUGUUGGAGUAGCACAGCCAUCCGUGAAUCGCCAAGCUAUGUUAGGUAAAGAUCUGCACGGUUGGUCAAUGUAUAUAGAUGGUGAACGGUCUUGGUACUUGCAUAACGAAAAACAUCACAGUCGAGUUCCUGGCGGAGUACAGACUGGAUCCGUAAUUGGUAUACUCAUGGACUGCGACAAUGGAACUCUAUCAUUUUACGUUAACGAUAGGCAGCGCAUUGGAAUAGAUCUUUUCAGAAAUAUGCCAUGCGGUCUUUACUAUCCAGCAUUCAGUGUUAACUGUAACUCUCUAAUAACGAUUCAUACGGGUCUUACGCCGCCAACUGACUGCUCCAGUGAAAGUGAGAGUACCAACGACUAA